ACGUUUUUGUAACUCUCGUCAAUCAUACUAUUGUAGCAUCUAUAGUCAUACAGCAUAGAUCUAGACAUGAGCGACUCGAUAAGUGGUGAAGACGGGACUCUUAGCACACAACCUAGACCUGAGAAUGAUGACGAUUCUGUACCAUUACCGUUGCCCUUAUCUCUUCCACUACUACUUGCUCUAAGUGGUUCCCCUGGUGGCCUAGGUCUGUUACCUCUGCUAGCUGCAAGUGGUGCGCCAUCAGGAAUACAAAAGGCUAAUAGAGUAAAGAAAGAUUCCUUAACGCAAAAAUAUGGACAACAGGCUGGCCGAUUUAGGCAAACAACAGGAAAUGUAGCGGCGAUAGAUUUCGGAACAACGUUUUGCUCUCUUGCAUAUACAACAAGUAUUGCUAAAGAUGAUAUCGUUACUCUCAAGCUCAAUCAGUAUCAUUCACGUGUUCCAACAGCCAUUCUCUUGAAGCAGAAUGGUACUAACAGUAUCCAGAAUUUCAAUGCUGACGAUCCUGUUAUACGAUCACCUGUCUAUGAAGUGGAGUCAUUUGGAUAUGAAGCACAGGAACAACAUGCUAAACUUAGAGCCAGUGAAAGAUUCAAAUACUUGUAUUUUGAACGCUUUAAAAUGACUCUUCAACAAGAUGAGGGUGUAAACAGAAAUAUGUCAAUUCCAUCAUCAAGUGACACCAAGUGUCAUUUAGUGGAGGUAAUUGCUUUUAUCUUACAAUAUUUGAAGAAAGAGUUAAGUAACCACUUGCUUCAAAGUGGUUCUGGUGUACUAAUUUCUGACUUUGACUGGGUGAUAACUGUUCCUGCUAUUUGGCAGUCAAGAGGAAAAAGGAUGAUGAGAGAAGCAGCAUACCAAGCUGGUUUAUGCUCAAGUUAUAAAACCAUUGAUCGCUUUAUUCAAGUUGGCCAUGGCAUGCCAAAGCAAGAUGAAGAUAAUCCUGACAAGUUGUCAUUAGCUCUCGAGCCUGAAGCUGCUGCCAUCUACUGCCAAACAAUGAGCAAUAAAGCCAUGCCCGACCACUGCAAGGUUGAUGGCUCAAUUCAAUCCGAUCGAUACCUUGUUAUAGACAUCGGAGGUGGAACUGUUGAUAUUACUGCUCACCGACACAAUGAAGAGCAAGGAAUUGAAGUCAUUACUGAGCCAAUUGGUAAUGACUGCGGUGGCAUGAAGGUUAACCAGGAAUUUUCUAAGCUGUUGCAAAAAAUAGUAAAUGAUGAAGGUAACUUUGCAAAAGAGGCAUUUUCUCGAUACCUUGAUACAAAGGAAAGUGGGGUGCUUGCAACCAGAAAAGCAAUUCUUAAUGAAUUGCUAAACAGACGAUUUGAAUUGGCAAAAGUCACAUUUGGAAGUAAGGCCUGUGGAAAAGAUUCUCUUCCAGCUGGACAAGAUGACGAUGAUAUAGCUAUUGAAUUACCUUACCAAUUUGUUCAAUUCUAUGGUGUCGAUGAAAUUGAAUCUGGUGUUGCAGCAUUGCAGGAUGAUCGUAUUGAACUUGAUGAUACAACUUUGUACAUGAAGUUUUCACUUGUUGCCGAGUUAUUUCAACCAGCCAUUGAUGGAAUACUUAGCUGCACCGCCUCUGUUCUUGAGCGCCUGAAAGGUGAUAUCGACACUAUUUAUCUUGUUGGAGGGUUCGGGGGAUGCAAGUAUGUAUUUGAAAAAAUUUCUACACUCAAUAAGGCAAAUUAUAAAGAGCAUAGCAUUCGAAUAAUUGUUCCUAAAGAUCAUUCUUUGGCAGUAGCCCAGGGUGCAGUCAAGUACAGGUUGGAGCCAGAUAUCAUUUGCUCUCGAAUCAUGGAUGCUACAUAUGGUACAGAUAUAUGCCCUCCAUAUUUACCUGGACGACAUGAUAGGAAGUAUUUUGUUGGUAUUGAUUCUCGUGGCAUACCAAGACGACGUGAUGUUUUGCUCCAUUAUGUAGACAGAGGUGAAGUCAUUAACAGUGAUGAGGUUGUAACAGCAGAACUCUGUCCACUAAGUGAUGCUGCCAAAUCAAUGAAAAUUGAUUUGUAUAGUACGUUAGAUAAAGAUCUUGAGUACAUAAAAGAUGAAGAAGAGAAGCCAAUUCCUUCUGUGCGCAAAAUAGGUGAAAUAGAAGUAGAUAUGCCAAAUGAAGAAUCUUUGCCUCGAGAGAAACGUCUUGUUGAAAUGACAAUGGACUUUAGUCACACUGAGAUACAAGUCAGGGCUCAUUACACGGUCACUGGAAUGCAAGUCAAAGCAACAUUAGAUUUUUUGACUAAUAAUGCUACACAAUAGAUGUGACACUUUGCUACAAUUGUUUACAUUAUAAUUAUAGUCAUUGUGUGGUUUAUUAAGAGUAGCUUAAACUAUUGUCACCCAUAGUGUGAUAAAAUUGUAAA